CCGGAAAGUGCGUGAGAACGGAAAACUCCAAGUCCCGCGAUGCUCUCGGCGACGGAGAUUGAGCCGGAAAACGCUUCCUUGCUUGAGAAGUGGAGAGAUUGGUACUGAACAACCAAAACUCCGAUAUGAAACUGUAUUGCCUGUCAGGGCACCCAACUUUACCGUGCAAUGUGCUCAAAUUCAAAUCCACCACUAUUAUGUUGGACUGCGGACUGGACAUGACUUCCACCCUCAAUUUUCUUCCUUUGCCUCUGGUUCAAAGUCCUAGGCUGUCUAAUCUUCCUGGCUGGUCUCUAAAAGAUGGCAAUGCUUUUUUGGACAAGGAGCUAAAAGAAUGCUCGGGUCAUGUAUUUGUGGAUUCUGUGCCUGAAUUCUGCUUACCAGAGACCGAGCUAAUAGACCUGUCUACAGUCGAUGUGAUUCUCAUCUCUAACUAUCACUGCAUGAUGGCGCUGCCCUACAUCACCGAGCACACAGGAUUCACAGGCACAGUGUAUGCCACAGAACCCACCAUGCAGAUCGGCAGGCUUCUCAUGGAAGAGCUGGUGAAUUUCAUCGAAAGAGUGCCAAAGGCCCAGUCUGCCUCCUUGUGGAAGAAUAAGGACAUACAACGGCUGCUGCCUUCUCCUCUCAAAGAUGCAGUGGAAGUGUCCACCUGGAGAAGAUGCUACACAAUGCAGGAGGUGAACUCAGCCCUGAGUAAAAUCCAGCUGGUGGGAUAUUCUCAAAAAAUUGAGCUUUUUGGUGCUGUUCAGGUGACCCCUCUGAGCUCGGGCUAUGCCCUAGGAAGCUCCAACUGGAUUAUCCAGUCCCAUUAUGAGAAAGUGUCUUACGUCUCCGGAUCCUCCUUGCUUACCACACACCCUCAGCCCAUGGACCAAGCUUCUCUCAAAAACAGCGAUGUUCUGGUUCUCACUGGACUCACACAGAUCCCCACUGCCAACCCCGACGGCAUGGUGGGCGAGUUCUGCAGCAACCUUGCUCUGACAGUUCGGAAUGGAGGAAAUGUGUUGGUUCCCUGCUACCCUUCUGGAGUGAUCUAUGACCUCCUGGAGUGCUUGUAUCAAUACAUCGACUCCGCUGGCCUCUCCAACAUCCCCUUCUACUUCAUCUCCCCAGUGGCCAACAGUUCCCUUGAAUUUUCCCAGAUUUUCGCUGAGUGGCUUUGUCACAACAAACAGAGUAAAGUGUAUCUCCCAGAACCGCCUUUCCCGCAUGCAGAGCUCAUUCAGACCAAUAAGCUGAAGCACUACCCCAGCAUCCAUGGAGACUUCAGCAAUGACUUCAGACAGCCAUGUGUGGUGUUCACUGGGCAUCCUUCCCUCCGGUUCGGGGAUGUUGUCCACUUCAUGGAGCUCUGGGAGUCUAGUCUCAACACUGUCAUAUUUACAGAGCCUGAUUUCUCCUACCUGGAGGCCCUGGCUCCUUACCAACCACUGGCCAUGAAGUGCAUCUACUGCCCGAUUGACACGCGACUAAAUUUUAUCCAGGUGUCAAAGCUGCUUAAAGAAGUGCAGCCCCUGCACGUGGUCUGUCCUGAGCAGUAUACCCAGCCACCCCCCCAGGCCCACAGGAUGGACCUCAUGAUCGACUGCCAGCCACCAGCCAUGUCCUAUCGGCGGGCUGAGGUCCUCGCCCUGCCCUUCAAACGACGCUAUGAGAAAAUUGAAAUCAUGCCAGAGCUGGCAGACUCCCUGGUGCCCAUGGAGAUCAAGCCUGGCAUCUCCCUGGCAACUGUCUCGGCUGUGCUGCACACAAAGGAUAACAAACAUGUGCUUCAGCCCCCUCCCAGGCCCGCCCAGCCUGCCAGCAGUAAGAAGAGGAAACGGGUGAGUGAGGACGUUCCUGACUGCAAGGUGCUGAAGCCUCUGCUGAGCGGCUCCAUCCCAGUAGAACAGUUUGUGCAGACCCUGGAAAAGCAUGGCUUCAGUGACAUUAAGGUGGAAGACACAGCCAAGGGCCAUAUUGUCCUGCUGCAGGAAGCUGAAACACUCAUCCAGAUUGAAGAAGACUCAACUCACAUCAUCUGUGACAAUGACGAGACUCUGAGGGUACGGUUGCGGGACCUGGUCCUCAGGUUCCUGCAGAAGUUCUGAGUGGGGCAUCAGUGAACUCCUAGACCCCUCACCUCGGACAGUCUGGUGGCGCCCUCUGGCUGCCAGAGAGGAGUGCUGUCUCUGGCCAGGACACCAAGAACUUUUUCCAUUCUGAGCUCUUGAGUAGCUUGGGGGUGACAGCAUGACAGGAGUCCUUUCCUAAGGGAAGUGUAAAUAUGACUGGCCUGUGUUUUCAGGAUCCAAAGGGGCAACUCUUGAACUUACUUACCUGCCUAUAGUGCUACACCUAAGAAAGGACAGUCCCCCAAAUCAGAAAGUGAACCUAUCUAGCUCUAUUCUGUGGCCCAUUUUGCUAAAAUAAAUAUUAUUUUUAUAGAAGUA